AUGCGAGUUUUUCUUGCAGUCUUCUCGCUACUUUUCGGACUUUUAAAAGUACUUUUAACAAGUUCCGAACUGUUCGGUGAGAUCCAGCAUGCUCGCCAUCAAGUAAAAGUUGAAAAAUGUGAGUUUGACUCUCUCAGAUCUCACUUCUGAAUCAUACUGAUAGUCAUGCAUACUGCCUUGAUUCAUAAAAGUGAUCAUAUUGUUUUCAGCGAACAAUCUGCUCCUUCUCCAUCCUCAGCUCGCCGCCGUCGCCCGGUUUUCCAAUCUCCUCUACCUCGAGUCGUGUCUUCUGCAGAAAUCUUGUAAUGUGGAUCACGCAAUCUCGGAGCUCACCAACAUACAAAACGGAACGAUUCUCGGCACUAUCGAGAAAGUGAACACUGAAAAAGUUCUCGAAGUCAUUCGAAAGCUGGAAAAUCAACCGCACACUUUCCUCGAAGAGUUUUCGUCGAUCAACGAGGCUAUGGAAGCGUUCGAGAAGUUGCAGAAGUUGAGCCUGAAAUCUGAGAAACUGUUCCCAGAAGCGAAGGUGAACGAAUACAUCACAAGCGUCGAAAGCCUAAAAACGACAGUAAUUGAUGCUAUUGACGUACCCGCAUUUUCUAUGCUUCAUAUGGAUCUGCAGAACAUUGCCUCCAUUUACAAGAAUUCGUGA